GGCAGCUCAGCAAGUCAGUCCCUUUUGUUUCUCUGGCCUCUGACUUACUUGGAUGAGAGAAUGGCCAAAAAAAAAAAAAAAAAAAAAAAAGGUCUGCUGAGUAUUUCAGAUCUAGGGAAUGGGUCCUCACCAGACCAUAAAAAUAGACCAGUAAGAGCUACAACAGUAGCGUGGUAUGUGUGGGUUUCUUUCUUUCUUUCUUUUUUUUUCCUAAUUCCUCUGGCAACAAACCACACAUUGGGAUGUGAUGUAUCUUUUUAUUUUUUUUAAGCAUAUUUAAGCUCACACACUUUAUGUAAUGAGGAUUUUAGUGUAGGAUUUUUCUGCAGAAUACCAUUUGGGCCUACUAAGAACCGUCUGUUCAAAUGUUUGAGCAUUUGAUUGAAAAAUUCUUCCUAGCCUUUUUAAAGAUAACCCAAGGGGAUAAAAACACUCACAAAUUCUACAAAAGGAAUAGGAUUUAUAAUAUAUAAACUGAUAGGAUACAGCUGAUCUCCCUCUAGUCUCCAGAAAGAUAGCUUACAAAUGAUUAGAAGAAUUAAUUCUUUCUGAGACUCCUUGGAUCAUUUCUUAUAAAAUUCAUAUCUUGCUGUCUACUUGUGAUAAGGACCAGACCUCUGUAAACCACCUACCUGAUCAGACCUGGGAAUUCAAAAGAAGCAGGUGCUCAACCUUAAUUUUUCCCUUGAUUAAGAAAAUGGGCUGUGACCGUAACUGUGGGCUCAUCGCUGGUGCUGUCAUUGGUGCAGUGUUGGCUGUGUUCGGAGGUAUUCUGAUGCCAGUCGGAGACAUGCUUAUUGAAAAGACAAUCAAAAAGGAGGUUGUACUCGAGGAGGGUACAAUUGCUUAUCAAAACUGGGUUAAAACAGGCACAGAAGUUUACAGACAGUUUUGGAUCUAUGAUGUGCAAAACCCACAGGAAGUGGUAACUAACAGCAGCAAAAUUAAGGUUAAACAACGGGGUCCUUACACGUACAGAGUUCGUUAUCUAGCCAAAGAUAAUAUAACCCAUGAUACUGAGCACCACACAGUCUCUUUUGUUCAGCCCAACGGCGCCAUCUUCGAGCCUUCACUAUCGGCUGGAACGGAGAACGACACUUGGACCGUUCUCAAUCUGGCUGUAGCAGCUGCACCCCAUCUCUACCCAAAUUCAUUUGUACAAGUGCUACUCAAUUCACUUAUCAAAAAGUCCAAAUCUUCCAUGUUUCAAAGAAGAACCGUGAAGGAGCUGCUGUGGGGCUACCAGGACCCGUUCCUGAGUUUGGUUCCGUACCCCAUUUCCACGGCUGUCGGCGUGUUUGUUCCUUACAACAACACUGCAGAUGGGGUUUAUACAGUUUUCAGUGGGAAAGACAACAUAAGCCAAGUUGCCAUAAUUGACACCUAUAAAGGUAAAAAGAAUCUCUCCUAUUGGCCAAGUUAUUGUGACAUGAUUAAUGGUACAGACGCGGCCUCAUUUCCACCUUUUGUUGAGAAGACGAGAGUAUUGCGUUUCUUUUCCUCUGACAUUUGCAGGUCAAUCUAUGCUGUGUUUGGAGCUGAAGUUAACCUGAAAGGAAUCCCUGUCUACAGAUUUGUUCUUCCAUCCAUGGCCUUUGCAUCUCCAGUUCAAAAUCCAGAUAACCAUUGUUUCUGCACAGAAAAAGUUAUCUCAAAUAAUUGUACAUCAUAUGGUGUGUUAGACAUCGGCAAAUGCAAAGAAGGAAAACCUGUGUACAUUUCACUUCCUCAUUUUCUACAUGCAAGUCCUGAUAUUGCAGAACCCAUUGAAGGCUUGAAUCCAAAUGAAGAUGAACAUAGCACAUACCUAGAUGUUGAACCUAUAACUGGAUUCACCUUACGAUUUGCAAAACGGCUGCAAAUCAACAUAUUGGUCAAACCAGCAAAGAAAAUUGAGGCAUUAAAGGGUCUUAAGCAGAACUAUGUUGUGCCUAUUCUUUGGCUUAAUGAGACUGGUACCAUUGGUGAUGAGAAGGCAGAAAUGUUCCGACAAAGAGUGACUGGAAAAAUCAACCUUCUUGGCUUGGUAGAAAUUAUCUUACUCAGUGUUGGUGUGGUGAUGUUCGUUGCUUUUAUGAUUUCAUACUGUGCAUGCAGAUCAAAGAAAGUAAAAUAAUUCUUCUACUUACUAGGCAGUAAAUGAGUUUUGACCUUUAUGUACCAGCUACAUCAGGACCACUGUUACUAUUGGCCUAAAAAAUGAAGAUUAAAUAAUGCUUUAUUUUUACAAAAGACACCUUAUCUUCUAGUUGAAGAAAUGGUGGAUUACUUUUGCACUAAGCAGAUUUCUAACAGAUUUUAAGAUAUUGUUAAAGAUCUAUACUUUGAACACAAAACUGGAACCUUUUAAAAUUCAUCAUGUGCACAGAUUGAUUUCAGUCUCUAUGGACCUGGCUCAAGCAUGAACUUGGUGCUGAUCCCUGAUGGCAGAUUCAGCACCAUGGACAUUCUCAACAAAUCGUGGACCCUGAACUCCUAUCGUCUUUAUCAAGAGAAAACAUCAGAGUCCCUAUUUGUUGCAAUAGACUGACCCUAGGAUAAUCAGUACGUCACGUUUCAUGAGCACCACCAAUUGUGAAAGACAUUUAAGAAUGGAAUGUAAAUGCCUAGCCUUAAGAGCCAUUCGUUACAAAGUUUCUCUCUCUAUGGAAUCCUUUGCACAGCAACAGCAGGCACUGUAACCAUUUUCUUACUCUAUAACAAAUGGGCUUAUAUUUUAUCACCAAUUAUGCAAAUGGACAUUGUUUUCAGCACAUUUAGGCUCUUCAUGCUUAAGAACUUUGUCAUCUUCCACAUCCUGCAGCUCUCCUAGCAAUAUGAAGAGAUUGUGCUCUUUCCACUCAGUUACAUGCAACUUAUGCUUGGCAACUUCAGAAUAAUGUACUAGCAUUAAGAGAUGUAAAUGGUAAUAAAGGAAUUAUCAUAUGAAAUAUUAUUAAGAUUUGAAUGUGUGUUAAUAGUUAUUUGUUGUAAUAAGUUCUGGCUUCCCUUGUCACUUUGCAAAGAUUGGUCUCAACCAUUAAAAUACGUUCUUUCUUAAA